AGUCAAAACCAAAAGUCAAAACAAUGUCAAUUGUCAAACAAAUAUAUUUUUACAAAUUGAGGUUAUUUUUUUAAUUAGAUAACAUAACAGUGAUCACUCCUAAAAUGUGAAUACUCUAAAUAAACAAGAGAAGCAUUAAUCAAAAUUUUAUGUUUCUAAAGUAAAACAAAGCUUACAUUAUAAUGGAUUUUUUUUCGGAAGUAAUUGCGGAAGCUAUUGUUUUAAGUAUAGACUCUUUAAUAUUGGGAUUUUGUGUAAAGCAGCUGAGCAAAUGUAAACACAUACUAAAUGCGCUACAGACAGCACCAGUGUUGGACAUAGAUUCAAAUCUUCAGAAAGAGAUAAACAAAUACCCAAAUUGUGUUGUACCCUAUGUUGUGAUAAGAGGGCUUGUAAAACCACUCGGAAACCCUAUAACUAGUAAUUAUAAUCAGUCUGUCACUGGUGUAAUACAAAGGUUGACAAUAAAAGAGCAUGUGAUAGCCAGAACAUCAGCUGGUUUCUGGUCUGAUCAGACACGCACUAUCCACGAGGUGUGUAAUGCGACACCGUUUGUGCUCACAAAUGGGAAACAUAGCAUUGAAAUUGUUGAUGCCUUGGCUGCGGAAUUAUUGGACCUUGAUGUUAUAUCGGACAAGUUUGAGCCCAUGUCACCAGGGGUCAUAGACCAUGUAUGGGGAUUCUUUUCUGGUGUUCGGCAGCGAGGUCUCCAAACCAUGGAGGAGAUGUUACGCGACGGUUCCUACAUCACGGCAAUUGGAGAACUCAGCAGAAACAGCUCGGGACUGAAAAUACAACCGCCGAAAGACGGUUUGCCGUUAUAUUUGACGACGGCGACGAAAUCCAGCUUGUUGAAGCGGUUGGCAAGUUCUCGGGAUUUGUUGAGGGUGCUAAUAGUGGUAUUUGGAACGGUGGCCGCCGUCGCGUCCGGUCGAAUAGCUUACAAGUACAUGAAACGGCGCAAACGACGCGCAGCAGAAGAUAGUAUGAAGCGGCAAUUGGCAGCUGGGAGGAGAGAACGGAGAGCGCAGAACAGGGACAAGGGGCUUAGUGACGUGCAGCUGUGUGUCGUGUGCACAGAUAAUCCUAAAGAGAUAAUAUUGUUGCCGUGUGGACAUGUGUGCCUUUGUGAAGACUGUUCGGAAAAUAUUCGCGACAACUGCCCAAUUUGCAGGGAGAGGAUAGAGUCUCGUGCACCAGCUUUUAUAACAUAGACAAAUAUCAUUUAUUUUAUGCAUUUGAUUUAACUAAAAAUCUUCUAAUUAACUGUAUAGAUAUGACGAUUCAUCCAAGAUUUCAAUGCAAUUUUAACUUUAAAUUAAAUAAAUGUCAUUAAUUUUGUGAACUUCACUAUCAGUUGGAAGCUCAAGAUAUUAUGUAUUUAGAAUAACACUAAAGUACUCAAGAUUUUAAAUAUUGUGCUUUGUAUUAUAGUGCUCUUAAAAUAUAAGAUAUUUAUUUCUAUUAGAAAACUAACAAUGCCUAGCAUUUAAAUGUUAUUGUGAUGGAAUAAAGUGUAU